AUGGAAGAUCACAAGGAAGAUCAGCUAGAUUAUGAGUCAGAGAAAAUGGAAAUCUUAAGAUUGGCCCAGUCAAAGAGAAACAUUAUCAGUUUGAACAUGGACCUCGAAAGGGAUAUGCAAAGAAUAGAUGAAGCAAAUCAGGAACUCCUUUUCAAAAUCCAAGAGAAAGAAGAAGAGAUUCAGAAGCUGGAAAAUGAGGUCACUCAGACAGGAGAACUGGCAGAAGAUGAGGAGUGGGAGAAAGAGAACAGCACCGUCAUGGAGAGGGAGAGAGCCUUGCAGGAGCUGGAGGAAGACACAGCCAGACUUGAAAGGAAGAAUGACACGCUGGUCCACAGCAUAACAGAACUUCAAAGAAAGCUCAGCAGGAAAUCACAAAAGGUAACCAAGUAUGAACAAAGCAAUCUAGACGGAACCCCAGAAGAGUCAAAGGUUAAGUUACAACAACUGGAAGCUUCCUGUGCUGACCAAGAGAAGGAGCUGAUCAAGGUAAUGGAGGACUAUGCAUUUGUGGCCCAGCUUUGUGAAGAUCAAGCCAUCUGCAUAAAGAAGUACCAGGAAACUUUGAAGAAAAUAGAAGAAGAACUAGAGACUCGGUUCCUUGAAAGAGAAGUGUCAAAAGUCUUGAGCAUGAACUCUGCAGGGAAACAAAGUAACAGCCAAAAUAAUGAGGGUAAUUCUAUCCAAAAGAAGGCAACACUUUUCAGUAAGAGGAUUUUCCGCUAUCUCUUUUUCACCACCCUAUUUUUCAUCAGACUGCUGGGCUACAUGUUUUUCCACUUAAGCUUUAUAAACCCAGACCUCCUCGUCAUUAUGCUGCCCAAGAUCCUGAGCAGGAGCAUCUUGUGGAAGCUGAGAUGCUUCCUCUUUCCAUCGCUCACACUUGAGACAGAGGACAUGUUACCUCACUGA